UAUUAUUUUUUGUUUUUUCUUUCAAUCUCAAUCUCAACUUCUCAUGAAGAGAACAAAAAGGCCAUCCUCUCUCUCCCAUAAGUUGACUAUAUUCUGGGGUAACUACAAACUCCAGUUGAAAGCAAUUUCUUUCUGCAGUUUAGAUUGAAGCAUCUCUCUGGACUUUGCAGGGAAUUGACAGAUUGAAGGAAGCUUCUACGGCUUUAAAGUUUCAUUCUUGGGCAACCUUCUGCUACCUCAAGCACCCGCAGGUCAGUCUUAAGCUACCUCUCCGGUAGCUGCAAUUACUUGAUCACCUUUGAAGGAACGUUAUAUUCAGGUCUAUUUUGAUCGCUUUUGGCCCCUUGUCAAUUAGUAAAACUGCUGAAAUGACACCAGACAGCCCCAGUGAUAAGAAUUGAUCAUUGAUUGUUUAAGACUUUAAGCGCUCUUCAAAGUGUAUAUGUGUUGAGUAGUUGUGGCAAUAGAGACCACAAGCCCAGAGCAACAGAGGAAGAACCCUAACCUAAAAAGCCAUUCAGAGGAGUGAUUUGCUGUUACAACUUCAUAACUAAUUUCAAUAUCUUUCUCUAUUACCUUAAGCUGCAAUAACAUCCAUGUCUGCCUCAGUUUUUGCACCCCAAAUUCACACAUCCACUACAAUAACAUCCAGACUCAAACCUAAACCAAAACACAGAAUCAAAACUAGCGUUUCACUCAUCAGAACUCCAGUAAUACAAGCCAGUUUCUCUGACCCCUUCGUUCUCCAACUUGCUGAGACCUUUGAAGAUUCCCUCUCUCCCUCUCCCUCGCCCUGUCUCCAGAAACUCAGGGACUCUUCCGCUGAAUCCCUUCUCUCCAUCCCUUGGCCCUCUCGCAAAGAUGAGCCUUUUCGGUUCACAGACACUUCAUUUAUCAAGCAAUCUCAAAUCCAUCCAAUCUCUAAGCCACCAUCCUCAUACCACCUAACAAACAUUUCAAACGAUAGCCACUUACCCAAUAUUGUUAUUGUUGAUGGGUUUAUCUUAAAUUCUUUGUCAAAUUCUUCAAAUUUGCCACAUGGGGUUUAUGUAGGUAGCUUGUUAAAUGACCCUAAAGAUAAAAUCGCCCAAACGUUAACCAAAUUUUCUGAUGAUUUCCAAUGGGGUGAUUUGUUUUGGUCCAUUAAUGGAUUAGGGGCACCCGAUGUGGCCGUGGUUUAUGUUCCUGCAGGGGUUAGAGUAGAGAAUCCAAUCCAUUUGAGUUAUGUUUCAGUUGAGGGAGGGGAGGAGGGAUCUAACAAGUUGCCAGUUUCAAAUCCAAGGGUCCUUGUGGUGGUGGAGGAAGGAGGAGAGGUUGGGAUAAUUGAGGAGUUUACAAAUGUAGGGAGCAAUGAUAAAUGUUAUUGGGCAAAUUCUGUCUUGGAAGUGAUGAUUGAAGAAGGAGCAAAGGUCAGGCAUUCCUAUAUACAGAGCCAAUCCUUAAAUUCUGCCCAUAUCAAGUGGACUUCGGUUCAACAGAAAUCUACUAGCACCUAUGAGCUUGUUGAGGUAAGCACUGGCGGAAAAUUGAGCAGGCACAAUCUCCAUCUUCAGCAGCUGGGCCCAGAUACAUCAACAGAGUUAUCAACAUUUCAUUUGUCUCUCGGUGGGCAAACACAAGACCUGCAUAGUAGGCUUGUCUUGGAUCAUCCUCGGGCUUACUCGAGACAACUUCACAAGUGCAUUGUUGCUCAUUCACAAGGACAAGCUGUCUUUGAUGGGAAUGUAAAGGUCAACAGAUAUGCACAACAGACAGAUGCUGGACAAUUAACAAGGAGCCUCCUUCUAGAACCACGUGCAACUGUAAAUGUCAAACCCAAUUUGCAAAUUAUAGCAGAUGAUGUAAAGUGCUCCCAUGGAGCUGCAAUAAGUGAUCUAGAAGAAAGUCAGCUCUUCUACUUUCAAGCACGCGGUAUUGAUUUAGAGAUGGCUAGAAAAGCUCUGGUAUUUUCCUUUGGAGCUGAAGUGAUUGAAAGAUGUCCUUAUUCUUUUGUUAGAAAACAAGUUGAGAAUCAUGUAAAAGAAUUGCUGAGUUCUACUAGUCAAGGAUCCUCAAAUGCAGCUGGCAGUGGAUGAUCUGUGCGCUUGUGCACAAGAUAGAAAGGAUAAGCAUUGUUUAACAGGGAAAGAAAGUUGCUGUCAUCUAAUGUUGGAAAAUUUUGUGUUUGCAUCGAGUAGCUCUUAAUGUUUUAUUUGGUUUUCUGAUUCAUGCUAGCUAGAGGUGGAAAGCUAAAGUGUUCCACUACCAUCAAGUGGUGUAGAUGAUAUUUUCUUUCACCUUAUUGUAUAAUUGCUAUGAACCUUGUGAACAGAACAAGAAAAUAAAGCAGUGUACUCUAUUUUUUCCUCCAAA